GUCCGGAGGAUGCAAACGAAGAAGAUAUAAUUUCUUUGUCGCCAACAUCGGAAGAGGAAGACGUAAGGAAAAAAGGAACGGAUGAAAUGGAAGUACAACAAGAGGGCGAUAGAAGUGGAGACCCUUGUCGCAUGGAGGGAAUCGAUAAUGUUGAGGAUGCAGGGGUAGUCAGGGGUGCGAUAAGACGAGAGAGAGGUGAGCGGUCUGCCAGAAAAGGAAAUGAAAAUGAGCAGGACGCUUCUGUACGAUCAAGCGAAGAAGAAGAGGGAGAGGAAGGUAUACAGAAUGCGGAUGUGGAAGAUAUUACGAACAUAAGUCCCGACUGGGUAGAUUUGAGAUCUCACUUUUACGACGCAGCCAAAAUCGAUCAAAACAAUCACGAUAUUGUACAUGAACAUUUACAAUUGGAUUCCGAUAAAUACAAAUUUGACAACCGGCAGUGUGGGCUGAAAAAUUUGGAAGGGAUUCGAAACAUGUCACCAAGAGCUGUAUUUUUUAGAUUGUGGCCGCAAGAAGUUUUCGACAUGAUUGUGAAGGAGACGAACGAGUAUGCAGAAAAACGUUUAGCGACGGUGAGGAGAGCUGCGCAGAAUCCUCGACCAUGGCGGCCGACGGAUCGUUUGGAGAUGAUAGCUUUUUUUUGGCUUGUCAUUGCGAUGGGUUUCAAUCGCUUGCCCAACAUGAAAGAUUACUUGAAAACAGGAGCGCAGGGUGCUGUUUCUUUCACAGAUUUUGGUCGGGUAAUGAGCCAAACACGCUUCGAGGACGUUAAACGAAUGCUUCAUCUGCGUGAUUCGACGGAGAGACCAGACGAUAAAGGUACGAGGGCGUAUCGAUUGUGGCAACUUGAUCCGCUGAUCGAUAAAUUGAGGACUGCAGCACAACGGUAUUUCUAUCCUGAGAAGGAACGCCCGCCCACGACAGAUGCGGAGGCGCUGCAGUUGUUUAUGGCAGAACUGGACUGUGUGGACGUCUACCGCACGGCCUUCCCUGCGGGACGGGAGUUCACCUGGUAUGGAUCGGCAAACCGAAGGAGCCGGAUUGACAUGGUGUGGGCCUCGAGUUCGAUCUUUAGAUGCGGCAGCGAGAUUGCAUACCUUCCAACAGCGUUGUCAGACCAUGUAAAGGUCGCAGCCAACUUUCCGGUGGGGGGCAUUAUGGUGGGUCAUCCGCAACCGUCCCUUCCCGCAUGGGUCUUUCAGGACGAAGAGUAUAAACCYCUGAUUCAACAACAUUGGGAUAAUUGGCUGCAGCGACGCCCCCAAGGAAUGGAUGAGUUGGGAUGGGUGGCGCAGGGCAAUGCUCUGAUGCACAGGUGUCUGCAUGAUAGGCUGGCCGGUAGCUACCGUGCCCACUUGGCCACAGGACAGGAGUACGCCGACCGCCUCAGUGCGCUUAAUUGUGGCCCCGAGGACGAGCAGACGGAAGAGGAAUGGUGGGUGGAGAGAGUGGAGGCCGUGCGGGAGUGGCAAGAGUGGGAGACGGUGGAAACCGCCCGCUGGGGGCGCAGAUCAAAGGUGGGAUGGACUCUGGUGGGUGAGAAGAUGUCUCGACGAUUUUUCAGGGAGCUGGGAAAGAAGCASGGGAUUGCCCUCAUGACGGCAAUGGACCCCCCCUUUGACCUACGGCGGGCAAGGCAAGAGACUACGUUGGGGAUUUUGGACUGUGUAACGGAAUUCUAUACAGAUCUGUUUACGGAGGAGGAGGGAUGGACUGUGGAGCAAAUGGCGACGGCCCCGCAGGAGCACAUUUGGAGGCACGUUCCGCCUGGCCUCACUGAGGAGCAGGCACAGCCUUUGGAGAUGGACAUCACGCUAGAAGAGGUCCUUAGUGCGAUUGGAGAGCUGCCAAGACUCAAGGCGCCGGGGGUGGAUGGAGUCCCUAUUGAAAUGUAUAAGGCACAAAAUCAUUUCUUUGGUCCACUCCUCACGCGGGCCUUCAAUGAGUCUUUGCACGCGGGACAUCUCCCGGAAGGCUUUGCAGAUGCCUUUGUGGUGCUGAUCUAUAAGAAGGGUGGCCAUGAGGAUGUCAAGAAUUGGCGCCCGAUAUCAAUCCUCAAUGCUCCCUACAAGAUCCUCGCAAAGGUAUUGUCGAACCGGCUCAAUGAGGUGCUGCGUUGUAUUAUCAACCCCGCUCAAGCGGGGUUUGUUCCGGGGAGGCAGAUUGUUUCGAACAUUAUGCUGGCUAGACAGAUCCUUAGGCACCAGGAGGUCUGCGACCAGCCACUGGCUUUUGUUACAAUCGACCUUGAAAAAGCCUACGCCCGGGAGUUACCGGUCACCGCCGACGAUGUCUAUAAUCAACUCCUCUUUGACAACCCCUGCAUAUGUGACAACGCGGGUGAUCCGUUCCCAGGACAGGGGAAGCCUGGAGCUUUUGGGAAGCAUUGGGCGGAAUGUGGGGUCUUUAAGAUCGGACACCUGUGGGACGAGGAAGAGAGGGACUGGAGGAAAGAGGCUGACAUGGCAGUGCGGCUCCCCCACAAGUUCCGGAGGCAGCAAAACUUAUCCGCCCUUCAGCGGGCUAUUCCCACGCAAUGGGUGGAUACACUGAGGGUGGACCAUAGAGUGGGGGGAGACUGGGUGAGACGCAAGGGAGAGACACACCCCCUGCAGGUAUACCAGAUCACACAGGUACAGGGUGAGGAGGUGGUGACGCGAGCAUGGAACGUGGUGACUGGGUAUGAGGGUCUGGGAGCCCCAAUGAGAGUCGGACCUGGUGCGGAGACGCGGUGGAGGACUGACGAAAUUGAGACGGUGGCGGUAUGCGCAGAGAAGAAAAAAGAGGGGGGGCUGGGAAGUGCCCGACCCUUCCGGAUUUGCAGCACAAGGCGAGAGCUGGCGAUUGAUCCGCAAGAAUGGAGCUGGCCUAAGCAGAAUUAUAAUAAACAAAAAGUCCGGCUCCAUCAAGUGACUACCAGGAUCAUGUACCGCUCCCUCCUCCCCCCAUUGGAUCUGCGUGAAGAACUGGUGGACCGGUGGGCCAAACGAGAGUGGCUUCCCGUGAUCUACCUGUACCGGUGGCGACAGAGGGAAUGGAGAGAGCAGUGUGCAGUGCUGCAAUCUUUGUCGAAUCAGAAGCAGGCAGGUCUGUUGUGGCUCAUCUACCACCUGGCGGUCCCCACAGCGCAAUGGUAGGCCAAUAAAAGCAAUUAUCGGGA